AUGGUUGUGGUACUUUUCCUGGUGUCGGCAUCUGUUGCCCUCAUCUUUGUGUGGAAUAACUUCAUAAUAACUUCAUUCACCAGUGAGGGAUAUGAGGAAAUCUAUGGGGAUGUUCAGACUUUCAUUGUGAAGAACACAAGGGAAACCACUGAUCUGGAUGUAGUGCUCAUCAGUCCAUCAAAUUCACCCCUCCAAUACCCUUCCCAUGGAUUCACUGUGGACCCUUUGAAGAAGACGUUCAUACCUGGGUUGGCUUUGAAUGCUCAUGGGAGGCAGGUUUACAAGGUGUCUCUCCAUGCGUCCCAUGGUGUGAUGGCGGUGGACAAGGUUCCACAGGGACAGGAAGUGAGGGGGCAGAAUCAGAACAUGCUCAAUAUCACCGCCACUAGCGAAGAAGACCUGAAUGACCUCCUGGCACACGUGACCUACACCAGUAAAGUGUACCUCUUAAAAGCAGGCGAUCUGGUGCACUUCACCUUUGAGGACCAUGAGGUCAUCUUCCCGAUCACAAUCAAGAAGCCUACACUCCCUGUUCUAUAUGACCUGGGUGAAGACAUUAAUUCUCAAGUGACCAUCACUAUAAAAACAUUCUUAAGAUACGAAGAGCUGAGGGUCUUGAUCAAAAGCAUCAGGGAAAGAUACCCGGAUAUUCAAAUCAUCAUUGCAGAUGACAGCCUGAAGACAGAAAAAGUGGAGGGCCACAACAUUGACCAGUACAUCAUGCCCCCAGCUCAAGGCUGGUUUGCUGGACGGAACCUAGCCGUCUCUCAGGUCACAACUAAGUACUUCCUGUGGGUGGACGAUGACUUCCAAUUCCUGAACGAGACCAAAAUUGAGAAGUUUGUGGAGAUCAUGGAGUCUGUGCCAGAGCUGGAUGUGCUAGGUGGGUCUGUUGGCAAGAACCGCUUCUACUUCACUCUGAAGCAUGAGGAGGGGGCGGAUGAGGAAGGUGGGUGUCUGACGCGUCUACGCAAGUUCCACAAACAGCUGCCUGGGUUUAAGGACUGCGUGCUAGUGGACGGCGUGGUCAACUUCUUUCUGGCCAGAACAGACACCGUCCGCAGUGUUGGGUUUGAUCCCAAGCUGAGAAGAGUGGCCCACUCUGAGUUCUUCAUGGAUGGCCUGGGACGUUUGCUGGUGGCCUCCUGCCCUAUGAUGGUUAUUGGGCACCAGCCAAAACAAGCCCACUCAGACUACAAAAAGUUCCGUAGACCAGGGAAAGGAGAUGUAAAUUCUAAACUGCGCCUGCAGUACUUCAAAAACCACCUGAAGUGUGUUGCAUAG